AUGUCCCAAAGACCGCUAAUCAAAGGCCCGCUCCGCGCGCCCCUAUCCGAACCAUAUAACGACUCCUACACCCAAGCGCCAUCAUCAAAAAACGAAGUUAAAGUCUCUGUAAAAAGAGCCCACGUGAUGGUGGUAGAAGUAACUCAUGAAGCAUUUGCGCAGCCUUUCUUGAAUCCAUCUAUCAUACAAGAACGGAUCAAGGAUGAUCGGCAGUGGAGGAUUGCUCAGGAGAAAGAAAAGGCAAAGGAGCCAGAUGCUGCUUCGUCGUCUCAAGCGCACUGA